AUGUUAUCGCUUUGGACACCUAUGCGUUGCCGGCGUGUGUGGUGGCGCGUGGGUUAUUGUAUUAGUGUGCAUUGGGUCCCAGUCACUGAUGGACCACUUGCCAGUUGCUCCGGGGGGUCCCAGGCGCCGGUGUUAUCAGCGUCAUCAGUGACGCAACCUGUUAGUACUAGGCGUCAUCACCGGCCCGCCAGCACCACUGACACCACAUUGACAGACGCUACUGGUGCGUCAGGGUCACAACUAGCCAAGAAGAACACCCGGGGGUCGUGUCGGCAGUUGAAGAAUGCGAAGGUCACUUGGGUGACCAACAGUCGUAUCAACAUUGGAUAUGACGAGCAGCAUCGGGCUGCAACGACGGCGGAGUUGCAUAGCUCAUUGGCCCACGACAUUAGUCACGUCAUUCGGACCCAUUGCCCGAUGCAAUGGAAGUCUUGGAAGGUCAUGCCUGAUGAGAUCAAGACGGAGGUGCGCGGCCAGUUGUCGAUGAACUACAACUUAGAGGACCUCGACGACGAGUCGUUGGCGUAUGUCAACAGACUUUUUGCUGAGAGGUACAAGCAGUGGAAGAGCAACUUGCACUACCAUUUUGAGGCAUUUGAUGAUCCGCAAAAUAAAGCCAAAGCCAAUAAGGGCAAUAGGAACAAAAAGACUCUUCUCCACCAUUCAGGUUCCAAGCCCUUCUCAUAUAGGAUGGAUGCACGGCGGCAGGGGGGGUCCAAAUUCCAGGAGAUCGACGUCUUUGGUGACGUUUAUGUUCGACUAGGGAAUAAGUUGGUCGAGACCCUUCACGUAAACGACGAUGGUGGAGAGGAGCCAAUUGGUUCUUUAGGAGUCCGCCUUCUAACUUCCUCCCGAUACUCCGAUCAAGUCUGUGGAUCCUCCACAAGAUGCUGGGUUUCAGAUCUUGACGGAGACGUUGGAUCAGACUCACGGGAGGAGGCCGGGGACAUAUUGUCAAGGGAUGGAGAAUGCCCGGCUGAGGGAACCUAG